GGCAAUAUGGUCAAUUACUGACUCAUGUUAUUUCUAAGAUUUUUUAAAUUUAAAAUUGCAAAACAAGCAAUAUUUAUUGAUGUAUCUUAUGUUUGAUGAAAUUAUUUUGGCAAGUGGAAAUAUAUUUUCCUUUCGUAUUAUUACAAACAGGUGAGGGUAGAUAUGAGUUAUGGCUGAGUGUGUGAAAGUUAUAGUGAGAUGUCGUCCCAUGAACAGCAGGGAACUCAACUUAAAAUGCAAGAGCGUGGUGGUAUUGGACUCGGAGGGAGGAUCAUGCUCUAUCAUGAACCCGGAUGACAGUUCUGCCCCUCCCAAAACAUUUUCCUUCGAUGGUGUUUAUUGCAUCAAUUCAACAACUGAGCAGAUUUAUAACGAAAGUGUUUAUCCUCUCAUUGAGGGAGUUCUUGAAGGAUACAAUGGAACUGUUUUCGCGUAUGGACAAACAGGGUGUGGCAAAAGUUUUUCGAUGCAAGGAAUUCCAGAGCCACCUUCUCAGAGAGGGAUAAUACCACGAUCUUUCGAACAUAUUUUUGAAGCCAUUGCUGUGACCCCAGAUGUUAAAUAUCUUGUAUUAGCAUCCUAUCUGGAGAUAUACAAUGAAGAAAUACGUGAUCUAUUAGGUCCAGAUAUAAAAAAGAAACUAGAUCUAAAAGAGAGCGCUGAUAGAGGAGUUUAUGUUCAAGAUUUGACUUGGCAUGCCGCUGGGUCCGUAGCAGAUUGUGAAAAUUUGAUGAGUAAGGGAUGGUCCAACCGAUCAACAGGUGCAACGCUGAUGAAUGCAGAUUCUUCAAGAAGUCACUCUAUAUUUAGUAUAAGUAUUGAAAUGAUGACGACUGGAUCUGGAGACAUCGAUGGUUUAGUGAGAAAAGGGAAGUUGAGUUUGGUUGAUUUAGCAGGAAGUGAGAGGCAAACGAAAACAGGUGCGAUGGGAGAUAGAUUAAAGGAAGCAAGCAAAAUAAAUUUGUCACUUUCUGCUCUUGGGAAUGUGAUAUCAGCCUUAGUUGACGGUAAAGCAAAACAUAUACCCUACAGAGAUUCUAAACUUACAAGACUUCUUCAGGAUUCCCUUGGAGGAAAUACUAAAACACUUAUGCUAGCAUGUCUUUCCCCAGCAGAUAAUAAUUAUGAUGAAACAUUGUCAACCCUUCGCUAUGCCAAUCGAGCUAAAAAUAUUUGUAAUAAGCCUCAGAUAAAUGAAGAUCCAAAAGAUGCCAUGCUAAGGAAGUAUCAAGAAGAAAUAGAGAAACUGAAAUCGAUGCUCACAACACCUAAAAUGACAGCAGUUGUAGAUGAGGUGCUAUUACAACAAGAAAGAGACAAAGUACGGCUGGAAUAUGAAAGGGAAUUGGCUGCAUUAAGGUCACAAUUUGCAGAGAUGCACAUGUCAAAAAUCCAAGUGCAAGCAGAAUUUGAAACUCUCAAAAACCAAUAUGAAAAUCAAAUUCAACAGAUUAAUAGUAAGUCUGUGUUCAAACAAGAGCCAAUAACAAUUGUUGAUGCUGGAACGGAACGUAAGGAAGAAGGAAAUAAUAAAGAAGCUGAAAUAGACAGGCUCGAUAAAAAUGGUGAAUCAAAAUUUUCUCAACAAGAAAUCCUUGCCAGGUUAGUGAAACUGCAACGCACAUUGGUUGGAGGAGAAAAAGCAGGAGAUCAAGGUUUAAAAGAGCAAAGAGUUAGAAGAAAACGAGCAGCAGAAAAGAAACUGAAUGCUUUAGCUGAAAUAUUGGCUAAAGAAGAAAACAACAGCCUCGUCUUGGGAAUGUAUGAUGACAUGCAUGAUCAAUUAACAGCAAAAAGUGAAACAUUGAAAAAAUAUAGGCAUAAGAUUAAAUCAUUGGAGAGAGAAAUAACAGACUUACAAAGUGAAUUCGAAGUGGAAAGGACUGAUUAUUUGGAAACUAUAAGGAGGCUGAAUCGUCAAAUAGAACUAGACAAUCAAAUUCUAGAAAAAAUUAUUCCUACUUUGAAGAAUCAGUAUAAUUACAGUAAUAUUGAAGCAAUUAAGUCAGAAGCCCGGUGGGAUGAUGACUUGCAGAGAUGGAUUUUACCAGAUUUAAUUCCAAUCAGAACCAAACUCCCUCCUGCAGGAAUUCCAUGGAGGUUACCUUCACAGACAGCCCCAGGUAGACUUCAGGCAAGCAAUGAUAGAAGCGGCAAUCCCCUGACUCAGAAACUUGAAAAAAGUGAAGAAGAAGAUUUUGCAGGGAACUACUUCAAGCCAAAACGAGCUAUGGAAUUACUUACGAAGGCACACCAAGAUGUUGCCAGAGCUAACAAUUUCAUGUAUGGCAAUAAGGGAAUAGGAAUCAACCUCCAAGGUUCUUUAAAUGCAAUCAAUACCUUGUCAUCCCUGAAAACUCAGACUCACAAUAACUUCCUGAAUAAUUCAUGGAGUGGUCCACCUUCAAGUUUGAAUGGAUGGAUUGAUUCACCUGCUCGAAAACCAGUAAGGCUGGAGUCUCUACCAUUGGUGGAUCGCAAACCUACUACAAAACCUCAGCUCAACACUUUAGAUGUGAUAUAAUGUUUUGUUAAUUUUUUCAAAGAAUAUUUUGUUGGAUUAUUGAUAGUUUAUUAAUCCUAAAGUACUGGGACCAAAUGGACCAAUUGUGCCUUUUAAAAUUUUAAUAAAUAUGUCAAUAAUUAUUUUAUAUGAAUGUUAUAAUAAAUUUAUGGAUGAGUUCUAGAUUCUGAUUUUUACUAA